AUGACGACUAACUAUUUGGUGCCAAACACUAAACCGAUUAAUGGAAAUGUGUUUCAUUCAUUCGAAAAGAUAAAUGAAAUAUUCGCAAAGAAUGACGGUAGAAGAUAUUAUAGAGAACUUGAAAGUUCAUGCUAUGACUCUGAUGCUCCAUAUUUUGAUGAUAAACAAACUCAUUUAAGAAUUACAAAUCCAGCUCAUGAUGUGAACCAAUUAGGUGACACAUAUAUUAAACGCAAAGUUAAAGCAACUCUAGUUUCAAAUAAAGCUUUCACAUGUGAUGCCGCUUUUAAAUGCAUGCGUUUAUUCGUUGGUUACAAAUCAUCAAAUCAAAGCUUUAAACAAUUAGAAGUAGAAACCGAAAGAGGUGAUGCCGGUUAUCUUCAGAUGGAUUGCGCCCGUGAAUCUUUCGCAUUUGCAACAUAUAAACCAAAAUCAGAAAGGAAAGUUAAAAAGUUUGUUCAUUCGUUAUAUAAUAAUGUUCAAAAAUAUGAUAACUCAGUAUGUGGUAAAUAUAUUGACCCUUCAGAAGUUUUCAAGAAAGCAAAUGAAGAAGUUGAUGUCACUUUUGAUACGAUUAUUCCGGUAAAUGAUUUGUUAGCAUUUCAGGCGUUCGAUGAUUAUCCUAAAUCAUUUGGUGAUAUCAUUCUUAAAUACAUACAUCCUGACCUCGUUCAUUUUGUUGCUGAAUGGUGCUCUGUAAAGUAUGCAUUUUAUGUCAAAGAUAUUAUGGACUCCAUAGACAAGAAAGUUCAUGAGAAAUUAGAUGAAGAAGAACUCGAAGAUACAGUAGAGAAUGCCAAACAUUUGUUUGAAGAAGAAGUUAGAAAAAUGCGCGAAAAACAAUUAGAACAUGAACGUGAGAUAUGUUAUGGUUAUAGAGAUUCUCCAUACGAACUAGACCAAUGGGAACAAGAAGAUUUAAAGAGAGAAUUUAGAGAAUAUGAACUCGCUAAGACAGCAUUAGAAACUGCAGAAAAGAAGUUAAAAGUUUGGGGUCGUUUUGUACAAAAAUAUUGUGAGUAA